AAGCCAUCGCUCACUUUGCUCUCCAUCUUCUCUUUCAGACCCCUUUUUUUUCUCUCUCGCUGAUCUCCUUUCUAUCUUCUUUUUCCCCAUGGCUUUAGCUACCAAAAAAGCUUCAUCAUUUCCUCUUCUUCUUUUCACUGCAAUAUCAAUAUUCUUCAUGAACCCAUUAAAUUCUGCCAUUGAUACCUUUGUUUUCGGUGGGUCUUCGCGGCUCAAGUUCAUUUCAGGCUCGCCCUACGAGUUCAACGUUAACUCCAUACUCAAUUCCCUAGUCAACUCGGCCAUGUUCACCUUUUACAACAAUUUCACCAUCCCCGCCUCUCAGGACACCGUCUACGGCCUCUUCCAGUGCAGUGGCGACCUCAACAACGGAGACUCUGGCCGCUGUGUGGCUAAAGCGGUGAGACAACUCGGCACUCUUUGCCUUGACUCCACGGGUGGCGUGAUGGAACUCGAGAGGUGUUUCGUUAAAUAUGAUAAUACGACGUUUGUGGGCGUGGAAGACAAGACUGUGGUGGUCAGAAGAUGUGGGCCGUUGAUUUCGAGUUCGUCGGACGAGUUGGCCCGGCGUGAUGCGGUGCUGGGUUUCUUGGGAGCGAGUGACAUGACUUACAAGCCGUUUCGGAUCGGCGGGUCAGGGGAUUUACGGGGUGUGGCACAGUGUAUAGGGGAUUCAAGUCCGGGCGAGUGUCAGGAUUGCUUAUCAGAGGCAAUCCGACGGCUAAAAACCAGGGUUUUAAAUUAUGGGUACGGUUACGUUUUCGAUCAUUUCGUGUUUAUCGCGAUUACGUUUAUAACGGGAGCUUUUGCGGCCCGUCACGGGUAUUAUUACGAGUGUAGCGGGUAAAUCAGAAAGCGACACUAUCGUUAUUUCGCGGACGCUAUCACACUAACAAACAACUAUUUAAAACCCUGCUAAAAACAGAUU